AUGGAAAAGUACAGAAGGGUCCGUGCCGCGCGCGAACCGCUGGGGAGCGACGAAAUACGCGUUACGGCGACAGGGAGAGUUAUGAAUUAUGUCUCAUAUGCUGGGACCCUUAUAACUGAUCAGAAGAUGCGGCAGCUGACCAUUAAGGCCUCAGGUAACGCCAUCGGUCAGGCCAUAGCACUGGCUGAACAGCUGAAAAGGCGCUACAAGGGCCUGCAUCAGCUGAACACUUGCGGAAAUACGACUGUUUCUCUCGUGUAUGAGCCCCUGGAGGAGGGGCUCGACGAAGUUACAGAAGAACGUGUCGUCGCCUUUCUGGAGAUUAAGCUGUCAUUUGACCCCUUAGAUGAGAAUAACCCAGGAUACCAGCCACCACUGGAUGAAGCCACCAUAAACGAAUUCAAACCCCAGGCGGCCCCGGGACCGGGGGGUAAGGCGCACCAGAGAGCUGGGCAGAAUGUGGACCCCAAGUGGGACGUAUUCGUAGCUCCUGAAGGUCUGACGCCUUGUUUCACACUUUGUUCGCGCUUGCACUUCUCAGGCCCAUCCAGAGGACGUGGCGGAUUCCGCGGGGGAAUGCGUGGUCGCGGGGGCCCCCGCAACUUGGGGUCAGGUGGAGAGGGAGAGGGCGUUGACGGAGGUGCCCGCGAGGAGGACGCCGAGCAGACUCAAGCUGAGAAUACUGGAUUCAGAGGCAGAGGCAGGGGCCGUGGUGGUUUCCGUGGAGCCUUCAGAGGAGGAUACAGAGGGGCACCACGAGGAGGACCCCGGGGACCCCGUGGCGGUCGUUCCGAGUAA